AUGCAAAUUAUUAAUAAUUUAAAAAUUAAAAUUGAUGGCGUUAUACAACGUCUUGAUCUGGCCGGUGAUGGACAAAUCUAUGAUGGUAUAUCGAACACAAUAAUGAUUAUCAGUAGUCUUAUACAAUUAGUUCCACUUUUUGGUAAUUUAUCAAUAUCAGUUAAAGUAGUUGGUGGCUCAAUUGUUGGUCUCUUAUCAGGAUUAGUCAUUGUUAAAGAUGUUAUGUAUACAUUAACUCAAAAACGUUUAGAUGAAUUGAGAGCUGAUUAA